GCUAGCCCUUUCUUUCUGUGUCCCCAAUCUCAUUGAAGUCCCUUUCUCCCUUGCCCUGAACUGUCCCUCUUGUCCCAUCCUGUCCCCGCCCUGGCCCCUUUGUGCCUCCCCUCCCUUCUUCUCUCUCUCUCUCCCUCUCUGGCUUGGCAAUCCCUUCUCCACCUCCAACUCCCUCCCUCAGUUUGGCCUUCCUGUCCCUUCUGGACCCUCUGGUCUCCCUGCCCGGGUCCAAGUCACCAUGCUUACCCCGAUGGUGGCUGGGGGGGUGGUGUUCCCCGGACUCUUCCUCCUAUCCAAGAACACGCUUCAGAGGCUGCCCCAGCUGCGCUGGGAGGAGGCCGACGCAGUCAUUGUCUCAGCCAGGCUGGUGUCCUCUGUCCAAGCCAUCAUGGCUUCCACAGCUGGCUACAUAGUCUCCACAUCCUGCAAGCACAUCAUAGAUGACCAGCACUGGCUGUCCUCGGCCUAUACACAGUUUGCCGUUCCCUACUUCAUCUAUGACAUCUAUGCCAUGUUCCUCUGCCACUGGCACAAGCACCAGGUUAAAGGGCACGGAGGGGAAGACGGGACGCCCAGAGCCCUGGGCAGCACCUGGGCCGUGGUACGUGGCUACCUGCACAAGGAGUUCCUCAUGGUGCUCCACCACGCGGCCAUGGUGCUGGUGUGCUUCCCACUCUCAGUGGUGUGGCGACAAGGCAAGGGAGAUUUCUUUCUCGGCUGCAUGUUGAUGGCCGAGGUCAGCACACCUUUCGUCUGCCUGGGCAAGAUCCUCAUCCAGUACAAGCAGCAGCACACGCUGCUGCACAAGGUGAAUGGAGCCCUGAUGCUCCUCAGCUUCCUGUGCUGCCGGGUGCUGCUCUUCCCCUACCUGUACUGGGCCUACGGGCGCCACGCUGGCCUGCCCCUGCUCUCAGUGCCCAUGGCCAUCCCGGCCCACGUCAACCUGGGCGCCGCGCUACUCCUCGCACCACAGCUCUACUGGUUCUUCCUCAUUUGCCGCGGGGCCUGCCGCCUCUUCCGACCCCGAGGCUCUCCACCACCCUCUCCUUGUCAGACCCAGGACUGAGGCUAGGCCCGUGAACCUCCCCCCACCCCAGCCCCUGUGCAGACAGUGCUUUGGGGCUAAUCGGUGUGUGUGUGGGGUGGGGGGGUGAGAGCCAGGAGUCCCUUGCCUUGACAGCCCCAAGACAGAUGGACUUAGAAUAAAUAAGGAGGAGCUAUAUAACCUCGGGAGCUGAGGUCAGAUUGGCAGGCAGGAAGAGAGGGGCCCCGGAUGGAGAGCCUCUUCUUGCCUCUGUGCUAACGAAAUGAGAGGGAAAGGGAGGAGAUGGGGCUGGCUGGGACCAAGGAGUCAAGGGACAUGAGGGUGACCCCGCUGCCAAGGACAUCCUAGCCCUGCUGCUGCAAAUCCCUCUCUUCCCCAUCACCUGGGAGAGAGAAGACACCCUAACUCACCCCAUGUGGGCCCUGAGAGGGCAGGUAACUCCCACAGCUCCUUCCUGUGGAGACCAAUCUGAGGAACCUUAUUUAUUUAUUCACCCAUAUCAAACUAAUUUGUUGGGGUGAGGGGAGGGAGGCAGCUGCUCCCCAACCACCUUUCCAGCGCUGAGCAGCCCUGGGGGCAGGCGCCAGGCCAGUCCCUUCUGUCAGGGGCACAUUUAACCCUCGGCCCCGGCUUGUCCCUGGUGCUACAGGCCAAUCGCGGCUUCCUCCAGUCUGGGGGCCACAGACCCCGGGAGGUGCUUUUACAGACCGCUAAUAAAGACGA